UAAAUCUCCCGCUAUAUUUCUAACCCUGGGUAAUCCAUUUAAACAUGGCGGCUCCUUCACCGUUCCUUGCACAGUUUAACUCUCCACCACCUGCAUUGGUCAAGGUGGAGCAGGUGAAGUUAUUGGAUCGGUUUAGCCCGAGCAAUAAGUCGACUUCUGGAACCUUGUACCUCACUGCCACUCACUUACUGUUUAUAGACUCGCAGCAGCGAGAGAUCUGGAUAUUACACCAUCACAUUGCUGCCGUGGAGAAGCUCGCCCUCACUACUACCGGCUGCCCCCUAGUGAUUCAGUGCAAGAACUUCCGCGUGGUCCAUUUCAUAGUUCCCAGAGAGCGAGACUGUCAUGACAUCUACAACUCUCUGCUUCAGCUUUCCAGGCCUGUCAGAUACGAAGAUCUCUAUGCAUUUUCCUACAACCCUAAACAAAAGGAGGCAGAACGUGUUCUUGGCUGGCAGAGCAUUGACCUGAAAGAUGAGUACAAGCGGAUGGGGGUCCCUAAUGCUUACUGGCAACUCUCCGAUGUGAACCGAGAUUAUAAGGUGUGUGAGACCUAUCCUAGAGACCUGUAUGUGCCGGUUACUGCCAGUAAGCCAAUCAUUGUCGGAAGCUCAAAGUUCAGGAGUAAGGGCAGAUUCCCUGUGUUGUCGUAUUAUCACCAGGAGACACAGGUGGCCAUUUGCAGGUGUAGUCAGCCCUUGUCUGGUUUUAGUGCUCGGUGUCUGGAAGAUGAGCACAUGCUGCAGUCAGUCAGUAAAGCCAAUCCUGAAUGGAGGUCCAUGUAUGUAAUGGAUACUAGACCGAAGUUGAAUGCCAUGGCCAACAGAGCGGCCGGUAAAGGCUACGAGAACGCAGACAACUACUCCAACAUUAAGUUCCAGUUUGUUGGGAUUGAGAACAUUCACGUAAUGAGAUCCAGUCUGCAGAAGCUUCUGGAAGUUUGUGGAACAAAGAACUUAUCUGUAAAUGACUUCUUGAGUGGCCUAGAAAGCUGUGGAUGGCUGCGCCACAUCAAGGCCGUGCUGGACGCUUCUGUCUGGUUAGCAAAGGCUAUACAUGAUGAGAAGACCAGCGUGCUAGUACAUUGCUCUGACGGCUGGGACCGCACAUCACAAGUCUGUUCACUGGGAUCUUUACUGCUUGAUCCAUUUUACAGAACCAUCAAAGGAUUCAUGGUUUUAAUUGAGAAAGACUGGAUAUCAUUUGGACACAAGUUUGCAGACAGGUGCGGGCAGCUGGACAGUGACUCCAAGGAGAUCUCCCCAGUGUUCACACAGUUUUUGGAGUGUGUCUGGCAUCUGACUGAACAAUUCCCUCAGGCCUUCGAGUACAAUGAAGCGUUUCUUCUUCAGAUACAUGAGCACGUGCAUUCCUGUCAGUUCGGAAACUUCAUUGGAAAAUGUGAAAAAGAACGGGAAGAACUGAGAUUAAAGGAGAAAACCCAUUCCCUAUGGGCUCAUCUUCUGAGCGAGCGAAGCAAGUAUCAGAAUCCUAUAUUUGACUUACACUCCUUGAAGAACCAACCUGUUGUAGAACCAAACACCAUCCAUUUUAACUUCAAGUUUUGGAGGAACAUGUAUCACCAGUUUGACCUAGUGCUGCACCCCAGGCAGUCUCUCCCCAAUCUGCUCUUGAAGAUAUCUUCUGGAAACAAAGACUUGGAGGAGGAACUGAAACAACUUCAGCUGAAAAUCAGUAACAUUACGAAAGAAGGAGAAUACGCCAGCAACAGCUGCAUCAGCACCCAAGUGUCCCCAAAGCUGAAGGAGUCUUCUCAUUACAAGAAGAAAAAAGUUCUAGACCCUCUGCAGGAUCCUAAACAAACCGUAGAGGGCAGCACCACUGAAGACAACCGCUAUACCGACUACUCCCGGGAGAUUACCAAGGCCGAGCCCUCCAUCGUCAGCCUAGAGUUUGGCGUUGCAAAAAUGAGAGUUAGUUAAAGUACGACCACAAUGAAUAUGCCUCAUGUGUUUGGAAUGACCAUAGGGCACAGGGAGCGCCUCUGUCUUACGUAUGACUAAGCAUGGAUAGUGAUUGUCUAUGUGAGAAGAAGAGGAAGAGGAUAGGAAAAAGAAUAGGGUGAAUAUGAUUCUUAGACCAAUGGUAACAACCAAUGAGCAGGUCAUUGAGGGCCCUUAUAGGAUGCUGCUACUAUACAGGGUUAGAUCCAUGAAUGGUAUAUGCAGAAGGGUUCGGACCUUGCUUGAAAUUUCAGACAAGUGAAAUAUAACGUGUAGAUAAUAACGUUGCUGGAUCCAUAGAGAGACACUUUAUUAUAACCUAUAUGUCCUAUUCAACAGGUUCUAAAAGUUAUUUUUAUGGAGCCAAUUUUAGGGCCCCUGGCGAGUACCUCUGGAGUGUGUUUCACUUGUCCCGAUAGCUAUGUACAUAUGAUGUUUUAUAUAUUGCUGUGUAAUUGUAUUAAAGGGGUACUCCGGUGGAAAACCAUAUUUUUUUUUUUUUAAUUAACUGGUGCCAGAAAGUUAAA